CAACAGAUUACCGUAGUUGCAAACCUAUUUAACACAUUAACUGAAUACUGUAAACAUAAAUGCAUGUAUUAUUGGCCAUAUUGCUAAUGAUGAUUUUGGCGUUUUAUGUUUUCUUAUUGUAACCAAUACAUGGACCAUACCUCGAAACCAUUAUGAAGUUUGAUGAAGUUUUGAUACAAAUCGGAGAGUUUGGAUGGUAUCAAAAGCGGCUGUAUUUUGUAAUAUGUAUUCCAUGUAUAAGUGCCGGAAUAUUCGCAACUUUGUCGGUGUUUCUUCUAGGUGUUCCGGACUACAGAUGUGCAAUACCAGGCCUUGAAAACGACACAUAUGCCAUACAGGACAACAACCACCAAAUCCUGGUCAAUAGAACCAUCCCUGUCUCCUCGGACGCUACCAAGCGGUACGACGGAUGCUUCGUGUACCCGGAAAGCGCCCCCGCCUAUGACAACUACAGCCACCCCUUCAACGUCUCAAAGACGAAAUGUAACAAAUGGGUUUACGAUAAGUCCAUCUUUCAGUCGACGCUAGUUUCAGAUCUGAAUCUGAUAUGCGACAAGAACUACAUACCUUCGAUAGUUAAGAUGGUCUACUUUUCUGGCAUGCUCGCCGGGGCCCUUGUGUUCGGGUUUCUAUCAGAUAUAAUAGGCCGAAAGAAGACACUCAUGCUCUCGCUGAUUCUUGUGAGCGCUGCUGGUAUCGGGGUCUCAUGGGUGAACUCCGUCAUCCUGUACGUUGUGCUGCGUUUUCUUGUUGCCAUGGCAACAAUCGGUAUCUUCACCACUGGCUUCGUCAUCGGCAUGGAGUUUGUUGGACCGUCUAAACGGAUGUGGGCGGGCAUAGUGGUUGAAUAUUUCUUCGCAUUGGGUCUGAUCAUCUUAGCGGGCGUGGGUUAUUUGUUGCGAGACUGGAGACAUAUCAACAUGGCGGUCACAUUUCCGUGCCUCAUCUUCCUAUCGUACUUUUGGUUUAUCCCAGAGUCUCCCAGAUGGCUCAUGUCGAAAGGCAGAUUCGAAGAAGCGGAAGCUAUUCUUCGAAACGCUGCCAGGGUUAACAAGGUCAAGCUGCCGGAUAAGCUCUUUGACGAGCACACGUACGAUUACAGCGUACCGCAAGCGCGAGUGUGGCAUUUGUUUCGGACAAAGGUCAUGACGAUGCGAACACUCGUAAUUUUCGCAAACUGGUUUGUGGUCACCAUGGCCUAUUACGGCCUCUCUCUGAACACGGGCAACCUUGGCGGCAACUUCUUCCUCAACUUCACCCUCUCGGGUUUGGUCGAGAUCCCGGCCUACACAUUGUGCAUUCUCCUGCUGGACAAGAUAGGCAGAAAGUGGCUGCACUUCUGCUGCAUGGUGUUUGGCGGCAUUGCUUGCAUAUCAACCGUGUUUACUUCUCUCUACGCUGGGGAAGAUUUACGAUGGCUGACGAUUACACUUGCCAUGGUGGGGAAACUAGGGGCCUCCGGCGCUUUUGCAGUGAUUUACGUAUUCUCCGCGGAGCUCUACCCGACUGUUUUACGGAACUCCGGCAUGGGAGCGAGCUCGUGCUGUGCCAGGGUGGGUGGCAUGAUCGCUCCCUACAUUGCUGACCUGAACAAGGUCGUCUCCGGUGACUUCGGGAUGGCACUUCCGUUGGUGGUUUUCGGAGCUGCGAGUGUCGCCGCUGGUGUUUUGGCGCUGACCUUACCGGAAACGCUAAACAAGGAACUUCCGGAAACAAUAGAGGACGCGGAAACAUUUGGAAGAACCAGACAUUCCAAAGAGGUGUUCGUAAAUGGCAGCUUCAGUAAAGAAGGAGAAGAUAUCGAAAACACUUCGAAGACAUUGUAACAGACAUUGAAGGAAAUAGACGUACACAUUUAUUGCCAUAGAAAGUAACAUGAUAUAAUAUUAAUAACAUAGAAAACUGGUACUUUUUAUAAUUAUUUUAACUACUGUAUUUUUUAUGCAUUAAAUAUUGGGAAUUUUA